AUGCACAACAGCAGACCUGCGGAUGAAGAACUCGCGGCUGAGCAGCCCCUCAGCGCCUCGACACCGUUGUCCCACACUGAAGGUGUCUGGUACUCAUUGGGGGGUAACGCGGAUGCAGUAUCAGCCCUCCCUGUGUCCACAUCUCCACUGAACAGCUUCACCGAGCUGCCCUCCAUGUCAUUAGCGACCCAUGCACGCGACCCACCGAGGCCUGACGACGACCACGGUUACAACCCCGACAGUGUUCUCGAUAUCAUGCUGCCCCGCGGCAGGCUUUACAAGAUUAUUGAGAUGUACUUUGACUACAUCCACCCCCUCACCCCACUGCUCCACAGCACCACAUUCUGGCGCGACCUCGAGCGGCGACGUGAGCUUGAUUGGGGGCAGGAGGAAUGGACAGCCCUAGUUCUAUCGGUGGUCGCACUCACCACAUGUCAACUGCCCUAUACGUUCAUUCCAAUGACUCGUGAUGACGCUCGUGGCCUCGUCCAGCGGUGCAACGCACACAUCCGGACCAGUCAGGCAAUUGAGUGGGAGAAAUGGUCGAUCGAGCGAGCGAUGACUACGUUGAUCCAGAGCCAAACCAUGUCUCUGUUAGGCAAGUCUCAAUUGGCGGUGACGUUUCGGGGCAUUGUCACGGUAAACUUUACAUAUCAACAGCUCCACUUGGAUAAUCCUCUCUUGGAGAGAGAGCAGUGGCGAAGACUAUGGUGGCUCGCCUACUGUGGCGACGUCACCGUCGUCGCCCUCCACGAUCGCCCUACCCUAUACCAUGAAGACGACAUUGCUAUGGACCUUCCUGCCGAAAUUGACGAUCAGUUCUUAACAGAGCUCGAGACUCUUCCUCCGCCAAUAAACUACGUACAUCGCAUCAGCGGUUUCCUCUACAACUGCAAACUGUUUCGACUUCUCGGCGACAUUCUUGAAAAACGAAGACGCGACCGUCGUAGGCCACCUCGCGAUGUGAAUCUCCAGCUGCGCUUCCUCGAGCUGGACCAGUUGCAUCAUCAAGUUGUGCACUUGAUGGACAGUUGUCCUGAUGAGCUACGGUCCCAAGUCCGUAACCCCGACCAAACAUUAGCAGCACUCAUGGAGAGUGUAUUGCAGGGAGGACCUACAGAGCUUCCACCACUUGACACCUUAGCCCAGGCAGACAUUCAACCAACCUUCAUUAUUCAACAAGCGAACAUAUAUGUCACACAGCAACUGGCGCGCACGCUACUUGUUCGUUACCGAGAAGAGUUAGUUCGCCUCUACGAUCAGGAAGUUGCACUUGGGCUGGCGCCCGUUAUACCCAAUAUUACAACGCACGCCGCCAUCCAAGCCGAGCGGGACGAUAUUGUCAACACAUUGAUCUUGGUUUUGGAACGACUACCCCUUCAUGUUGCUGGUGAGGCCGCAGCCCUUUCAGCCACUGACACGCACGUAGCCGUCAACACCUACUGGUUAGUGUCCAAGAUCCGCUUUGUUGCCAGCAGUCUGCUGGAUUCACCAGCAUCUGAGGAAAACCCCAGCUCGAGUGACCGCAUCCUAACGCAGCUUUGGCGUCUCGUUGGUUUCCUCAACGACCUCGAGUGUCUCUAUUCCCCGGCAGCUUCUUUGCAUCAAAUCAAUCUUUGA